CGUUGUGCGCCGCGGAUGAAUAUUUGCGUUCUUCGCCCCGUACUGCAGUUCAGGAAUCAGGAACGUUUCGCCACUUCCACAUAUUAGUUGGGGCUAGGAGCAAAUUUAAGGUACUUUAAGACCAACGCCAGGCCAGCUCAAUAUCCUCAGAUGCGCUCAAAUCUAAGUCGGUACUGUAGAGUGUAGUUGAAGUUGAGACGUCAGCUGCAGACAUGACCUGGCCUGCUGUGAGGCUGUGUACGGGGGCGUCCAUGCCACUGCUGGGUCUGGGGACAUGGAGGGCUAAACAGAAUGAGUGUUACCAGGCUGUGAAAACAGCCCUCCAGAUGGGAUACCGGCACAUCGACACGGCCGAGUUUUACCAGAAUGAGAAGGAAAUUGGUCAGGCUCUCCUGGAGCAGUUUACAGCAGGACUGAAGAGGGAGGAAGUGUUCGUAACAAGCAAGUUAUGGAACACCCGGCACCACCCCGAUGACGUCCUGCCAGCCUGUCAGAGGAGCCUAACCGACCUGGGACUAGACUAUCUGGACCUGUACCUCAUGCACUUCCCGGUGGCAUAUGCGAGAGGAGACAACUUUCUACCGUAUGAUGACAAGGGACAAGCUUCUACAAUGGACAUCCACUUCAUGGAUACAUGGAAGGCCAUGGAGAAGCUUGUGGAUGCAGGACUGGUGAAGGCCAUCGGUGUGUCCAACUUCAACAUCUCACAGAUGGAGGAGGUUCUGACCAAUGGGAGGAUCAAACCAGCUGUCAAUCAAGUUGAGAGUAACCCGUAUCUUGGUUGCCAUCGGUUACUGGAAUACUGCACAGCCAAAGACGUGGUCCUGACAGCAUUCUGUCCCUUAGCAAAGCCGGGAUCAAAGGAAGCAGAACAGUACGGAGUAGCUUCCCUGCUUCAGGACCCAGUAAUAAUGGAGAUCAGUAGGAAACAUGGGAAAACACCAGCACAGGUGUGCCUGAAGUGGCAGGUACAGAGGAAUGUGGUCGUUAUUCCCAAGAGUGUCUCACCUGCCAGGAUACAGGAAAACUCUCAGCUUUUUGACUUUGACUUGAGUGAAGAUGAUAUGGCGGCCAUCAACAGACUGGACAAAAACGGCAGAAUGGUUUGGUUUCAACCGAGUGAGACACAUCCACUCUGGCCCUUCAAUGAAGAGUUCUAAGCUAUGAGCUUUCAGUACCAAGGACAGAGCUCAGUGCUUGGACAACAGGAACCUCCAGUCUUCAGUACCAGGGACAGAGCUCAGUGCUUGGAACAGGAACCUCCAGUCUUCAGUACCAGGGACAGAGCUCAGUGCUUGGACAACAGGAACAAUCCAGUUCUUCACAAAUGGUGUCAGCUCCGGAUCCUAGCAAUUGAAUACAAUUAGGCCAUGUUGAUUUUGUUGUAUGGAUGACACCCACGCAUGCACCAAUUGUCGGCCGUUUCCAAAAGUAAAAUAAAAAGUUUUCAACCAAUAAAGGCAAAUCAUACAGAGCAGGAUCAAAAUAAGCAAAUAUACGUGUAUGCCAUGUAUUGCAAGAAAAUGUGAAAAAAAUAUUAGAAUGUUCCAAAGUCAAAGAAGAAGUGAAAGAACAAAAAUUGAGAAUCUAUUGUUCAGUAUACUAUAUUCUGUGUGUUCAGUCAUUUGUUCAACCUUCCUGACCACUUAGAUUUCAUAAUGAAAGUAAAGUUUUUUGGGGGGGUCAACCUUUUUUUUUACUUUUCUUCUUUGCCCGCUCGCAUCAGUUUUGCCAAUUUUUGGGGUUCCAAGAGGACGUCAUCCAUAUCAUCAAGUCAACAUGGCCUUAGCAUGCUCUCGUCAAUCGUCAGUUAUAUGUACACAAUGAUCUCUUUUGUUUGAUGUUGUUGUAUUAUCUGCUCUCACAAUAAACUGGAUAUUGAGUAAGUAACCGUUACAGUCAUGAAAUGAUGUAACCUGUAUAAAGUACAGUGGAUUUAUUCCUGUACUUACUGAAAGGUCCAUCUGUUGAGGAGUAUAAGUAUAUUUUAACAAGGGACCCUAAUUCUUGUGUUAGACUGAAUGUCUGGAGAUAUUUCUUAAUGAUCAUAUAAAUCACGAGAAUUAUAGUUUA